GUUUGUGAAAAAUUUGUGACGUUUAUGCUGCUGUGGCUAAACCGCAAUUCCCUUUCCCUGGUGUGUAAAAUGUACUGAAUUUUUUUUUUUAUUUUAAUAAGUAGCCGCGGUAUCCAUUUCGGUGAAAUUUCAAGUAAAUUGUUUACAAUAAAAUUAAUGGUGUGAUCAGUGAAAGGGACCCAGGUGCUCAUAAAAUAAUAAUGCUUUUAUUAGUGCACGAUUGUGAAUACAGGACACGAUAGCUUGAUACUUUAUAGAUUUAUAAAUUGAAAGGUGCUUUAUCAGUAUGAGUAAUCCAUAUCGUGGACGGCCAACUCGUGCAAGAGUAGAAACAACUACUGGCUAUGGAUUACAAAAUCAAAAUCCCUGGAAUUCAAUGUCAGGCCAAGUUCCUCCAAACGUACCAUCUUCGGGUAAUGUCUUCCAUAAUCAAGCGACCGGUGUAAAUCAACCGAAAUCAUCAACGGAUUCAUGGGAUUGGGGCACAGACAAUGGAAAUAAUGGCAAUAAUGAUUCAUGGAAUUGGAGCAUUGAUCAACAACCGGAACCUCAUUAUUCAUCACCUCCACAACAACAACAAUCGCAACAGCAACAAAAUCAAUUUAUUCCUUAUCAAAAACAAACGCCACCCGUGCAAGAAAAUUAUUACAAGAGUUUAAAUGGAAAUAAUAGAACAUUAACCAAUCAGCAUUCCACUUCCGGUAGAACUACACCGCGAACAAAUUUAAGUCGUGAAUCAACUCCAAAUCAUGGUGAUAAUUAUUUUUCAUAUCAAAAUUAUACUUUUAAUCAACAAUUACCACCUGCACAACGACCAAGUUCAACAAAAUCAAAUUCAUCAUUGUCUGAACAACAAUCACAAUGGCCGAAUGAUCAACAAUUUUCCUAUUCGCCACAAAGUUUACCACCUCAAACACAAUUGUCACAGCCUCCUGUUGGCAAUUAUAAUUGGAACGAGCGGCAAUCGGUCUCACUUCAAAAUUGGCAGGAUCAGCCAAAAAAUUCUGGUUAUUGGCAAGAAACAGGAACGAGCGAUAGUGGAGGAGGAAAUCAAUGGACACAAUCACAAAAUCAAAUUUCAUCGCCUCAAUCUCCAACUUUGCAGAAUGUUCAUUCGCCUUUGAUUCAUCAACAACCUGUUCAACAGCAAACUCCGCAUCAUCUUCAACAGCAAGGUCCUCAGAUUCAUCAGCAAUCUCCUCAAAUUCAAAGUCCCCAACAAUCAUUACAAACUCCCGCUCAAUCAAAUCAAAUUCCUGCUCAAGGUUUCCAUCAACAAAAUUCUUCAGCUCAAUCACAACAAAUUCCCGAUUAUUCGCCAUCACAAAAUUGGCACGAUCAAAGAGCAGGCUGGUCAAAUAAUACGCCAUUAAAUCAAUGGCAAAAUCAAAAUUCAGAAGCUGUACAACCGAAUCAAUGGCCAAAAUCGGAGAAUAAUUCCCAACAAUGGCAACAGGAAAUUGCUCAAAAUGAACCACCACAGCCAACAAAUUCUUCUUCUUCUUCUUCUUCUUGGAUGCAACAAACGGACAUAAAAGAAAAUUCCCUUGAUAAUAGUGAAUCAAAUAGAAUUUCAGCAAGCGAAUGGCAAACAAUAAGACCCGCUGCACAUUUUGCCUCAUCAAAUACAUCAACAACUUCAGGUUCAACAGCAAAUAUUUCCAAUAUUACUGAACAAACAGAAGAGAGGAAAAAAAUUACUCCGGCAACAAGUUCAACAUCUUUAAAUGAUUCAACUGGUUUAUCAUCUGGUCCAAGUAAAACAAAAACCACAUUCAGCGCUCAGGAUAGUCUUCAAGAUCAGGAGAAUAUUGAACUCGAUUGGAAUGCCGACAGUGAAUGGACCUCGGAAUUAACAACUGGAUUAAGUCAAAUGAAUAUAAAUAAAAAUUCCACCAAAAUACAAUCAUCUGAUGUUGAUAAUUCAUCAAUAAUAGCAAAUUUACCAGAAGUCGAGACAGAAAAUGCUAUUAAAGAAACUCAACAAGUAGAAGGAGAAACAUACGAUCAAUGGUAUAAUCAAUCAACAUCAAUUGCACAAGAUAAUUGGUAUCCAAAUGAUCGUAUUCGUAACACUCAAAAAUGGCCCACUGAGCAAAAUGUUGAAAAUUACGAAAAUAUUCAACAAUCAUCCGAUUUUAUGAAUCUCGAAGUUGUUGCACCUGAAAUGCAAGUCAAAGAUAUUUAUGGAUCACGCGAAUCAAUAAAUCAAGAAACAUUGGAUAAUGAUCCAAAAAUUGCUGAGUCAAAUUCCCGUGAUUUUAAACAAGAAGUCAACAAUAUCGAAGUCCCUUCUUUGAUUAAUCAACCCGAGCAGGCACCUGAUAAUUACGAAUUUGCCUCAAAUGAUCGGAAUACAUUCCUCGAGACUGGUGAAUUAACAGAUUCACAUGAGGAACACGAACCAACGCCACCGAGUCAAGACGAUGAAAAUGACGAAGUCCCAAAUGAUAUUCCAUUUUUGAGAGAGGUACCAGGUCAAAGUUCCGUGGAUCCAAGGAGGAAUGAUCCAACUGGUCAGGAACAAUAUGGACAAGCACGUAUUAUUGAUCCUAGACGAAAUGAUCCAUCGGGUCAAGAGCAAACACAAACAAGAAAUGUUGAUCGAAGUGAGAGACGUGAUGUCCCACCGGGUCAAGAGAGAAUUGUUCCAUUAUUGCAAAGAGUCGAUUCAGAUAUAAUGGAACGUAGAAAUGAUCCUUCAGGUAGAGAAAGAUCAAUACCACCACCACCACCACCUCAACAAUCGAGAAAUGAUCCAUCGGGCGAAGAACAAUCAUUGCAAAUUCCUCAAGCACCACUUGAAUCAAGUGAAUCGCGCGAAAUUCCCGGUAGGGGAAACGAAAUUGAAGAGGCAAUUCAACAGAGUGAUAGUGAUCUUAGACAAAUUCUUGGUGGCGCCUCACCUAAUGAAUCCAGUCAGACAAUCGAUGAUAGAUCUCGUGUUAUCACUGGAUCACAGGAAGUUAUGAGUUCUGCUCCUUUGGCAAUAAUGCAAGAAUCUGUCAGUGAAAGUCGAAAUAAACGCGAAGAGGCUGUUGGUGCUUCAUUAGAAGGAAAAGGGCCGAAUAGAUCUCAAAAUCGAAGAGAUUCCUUUGAGGAUGGCGAUGAUGAGCAAUCGACCAAUAGCCGAGAUGAAAGUAGAGAAAGAUUAAGAGAAGGAAGCACUGAACACAAACGAUUUGAUUCAAAUCGUCCAUACUACGAUCGAGAACGUGAAUACGAUGACGAUUAUUAUUAUGAACGUCGCCGGGGAGAUUAUGAUCGUCCUUAUAAUUCACGUGAAGAUUUAGAUCGGCGAGACGGUUCUUUUCGCGAUGAAGAUCGUAGACACGCAAGUCGAGAUGAUCUCGAUCGUCAUGGACGUGAGGAAUCUGAUAGAAGAAUGAGACCAAAAGGUGAUACAGAGGAACGUGAUUCAAGAAGAAGAAUUGAAGAUCAUCGACGUGAACGUGAUGAUUUAAGACGUAGAGAUCGACAGGGAAGGGAUUAUGAGCCAAGAUAUACAAGAGGUGAAAGAGAUUUUUCUGAUAGACGAAGAGACGAUAGAAGACCAAGAUUUGAUUCAUCGAGAAAAUUUGAUGAUUAUGAUCCAAGAGAUGCCUACAGACGGGAUUAUUAUGAUGAUCCUUACAAUAGAACUUCACGACCAUCGAGCAGAUCUUCCUACAAUGACAGAGAUCGAGAAUACUACAUGCGAUCAAGAGAUCCAUAUUAUAGUUACAAUGGUUAUGGAGCGGGCUAUGAUUAUGGAUCAAAUUAUAAUAAUAAUUACUAUCUUUAUUUGGAAAAUUUGCGUCGCACUAAUCCAACAGCUUAUAUGGAAUGGUAUAACAAAUAUUAUGCGAGUCAACGACAGCCACAGCAUCCACCCAGUAUCAGUACCAAUUAUCCAGAGGAUAGAGCCAGUGUUCACUCAGGACGCAGUUCAUGCGAUGAUAGAACAACUAGUGAAAAACGUAAUUUAGGCGAAAUAACGACACUUGAUGAUUCUGUUAUUGCUACAUCACGUAUGACACCAACUAAAUUUUCUACUGCUCAUGUGAAAGGCUCAUUUUCAAUCGGAUGUUUAGUUCAUGUGCAUCCAGCAUAUCCAGCUGAUGGAGAACGGGCAAAAUUGGAUAUUUUCAGAAUUGAUAAUCUUUUGCAAAAUGAUCCUGUUGCUCGUGAACUUCGAACUUAUCCUGGGCCAUUAAUUAAGCAAGUAGGUGUGACACAUAAAAAGACCAUCAUUGAAUAUUGUGAAAAUAAAAUAAAAAAAGCAGCGAUUAAUAAUGAUAUGAUUGAUCGGGCUUCCUAUAUUCUUCUAUACGAACUUAUGAUUAUGCUCAUUCAACAAAAUGGAAAUGUUGUCGGAGUUGAUAUUGCAGCGCUUUUGCUAAGAAAUAAAGAUGCCUAUCCUUAUAAUAAAAAUCAUCGUGAACCAAUGAGACGUGAAUCGACAAUAUCGCAAAGAUCUGCCGGUUCUGGGGAAGAUGGAAAUGUACGCGAUACAUCAACGCCUCUUGAUAAGGAAGACAAUUUAAAACAACGAAAAACAAUAAAUCAAAUGACGGAUGAAUUUCGAAAUACUUUACUGUACGGCCUCGUACAAGAAGCUUUAGAAUACGCGAUGGAUGAGGGACUUUGGGGACACGCUCUUUUCCUCGCAAGCAAAUUAGAUAAACGAACUCAUGCCUCAGUUAUGACUCGUUUCGCUAACAGUUUACCAUCCAACGAUCCUCUCCAAACUUUAUAUCAACUUCAUUCUGGUCGAGUGCCAGCAAGCGUCACUUGUGUGGCAGAUGCAAGUUGGGACGAUUGGCGACCUCAUUUGGCAAUGAUAAUUUCAAAUACAUCACAAAAUCCCGAAGUUAAUCAUCGAUCGAUAACAAUUCUUGGCGAUACACUUGCGGCAAGAGGCGAUAUAACAGCAGCACAUUUUUGCUAUAUUCUAGCUCAAAGUGAUUUUGGACCUUACGGCACAAAUGGCGUGAAAUUAGUUCUCAUUGGAUCAAAUCAUAAUAAACCCUAUUCUGAAUUUAUAAAUAAUGAUGCAAUAAUGCUUACCGAAAUUUAUGAAUACGCACGUAAUUUAAGUGAGCCAGGUUUUACAAUUGUUGAUUUGCAAAAUUUCAAAUUUCAUUUGGCAUUAAAAAUGAUUGAUUAUGGUUUAAUUGAAAAAGCUUUACUUUAUAUUGAACAAAUUGCCGUUAAUAUUGCCAAUGAACCGAUAAAAUAUAAAAAAUCAUUUAUCAAUGAAAUUUAUAAUCUUGGCAAUCGUAUCAAAUUCCAUGAUCCAAUUUGCAAGGACUCUGUUGAGGAUGUUGAAAAUCUUGUUUGGCUUAAUAAACUCGAGGAAAUUGUCAACAAGUAUCAGAGUGGAGAAAUUGUCCAAGAAACUGGUUACGUUACACAAGCGACAACAGAAUUGCAUGGUACAAAUCAGAAUCAUUAUGAUGCUCAUCAGCAACAUUGGAAUCAACAACAAAUUCAAACGGAUUAUAAUGAGGCAACGAAUUCAAUGAUGGAAAUUCCAGUAGCAGAUCAACAACAGCAACAACAUUCUGACUGGCAGGCUCCACAUUCGAAUAUUCAAGAACCAUACAGUUUAACGGAACACACUGAUCAAUAUUCUGGAACGAAUCUUGAUUCUUCUCAUUAUCCACAACAACAGGAUUAUUGGAAUCAACAACAAAAUUAUAAUCAACAGGAAUAUGCAGCUCAUGAUUGGCAACAGUCUCCUCAAUAUUCAUCGGAUCAGACUGAAGUUGAUAAUAAUCAACAACAGCAGCAGCAGCAGCCACAGGGAAAUUGGGGUUAUGAGUCGGAAAAGGAUGAAAAAUCAACAACGCAGGAACAACAACCGCAAAUUUCAUUGGGUCCAUCGGCGAGCAAACAAUACGAUCCUCUGGAGGAAUUAGACGCUCUAGAUGCACCGAAACAAGUGGCAAAAGUAUCAUCAGCCGAUAGUAAAAAACCAACAGAAAAAUCGUCAGACAAAAAAAAUUCUAAUACAGGAAGCUCUUGGUUUGGUGGACUUUUCAGUAAACUUGCACCAAAACCAAAAAAUCAAAUGAUUCUACCUGACGACAAUAAUCCAUCGAUUGUUUGGGAUUCAGUGGCUGGUAAAUGGAUGAAUAAAGAGGACGGCGAAGACAGUGUCAGUGGUGGUAUCGUUGCACCACCACCUAAAGCAAGUGAUUUAGGAUUCAAACAAUUACCACCCGAACGAAAUUUACCACAACAACAACAACAACAUUUAAUACCACCAAAUAGUCAAAAUGAUGAAUCGAUGGCUGUGAAUAGUUCGAAAUUGAUUACUGGUAGCAAUGUAUACAAAUUACAAAAAGGUCGAAGUAUGCGAGCUAAUUAUAUCGAUGUCAUGAAUCCAAAUGGAGGGAAAAGUUCGGGAUUAUCGUCAAAUUUACCAACACCAGCAAAUUCACCAAUGGCACCAAUUGCAUCUUCAUCGCCUCAAGUUUUUGUUCCCGCUCCUGUUAACGAUCCUAACGCUCCUAUGGACUUUUUAUCUUCAUCGGCGAUUCCGACGCAACAAACUGCCGAAAAUCCUCCACAAGAGCUCUCUCGCUGGAGCUCAACCAGCUCAUUAUCACGAGAAGUGCAAAGCUACACAAUGAGAGAUCCGCGCCUCCUUCAACGGGACAAGGGACCAAUGAUGUUUAAUCCUAUGGAUUUGAAGGAUCGUUCUCAAAAAUCUGCACAUCGUAAUCGAUAUCCACCUCGAUAGGAAAAAAAAACAAAUUUCUUCCCUCCCCCCAGGAAAUCGACUAAUUCAUAAAAUAAUUUAAUGUAGAAAACAGCGACGAGAGAACUUUAUAUAGAAUAUUGAUUUAGAAAAAAAAAAUUGUUUCCACUCACGAUAAAGAUUUUUUUUUUACAUAAAAAAAAAUCUAUACAACGAUUAUUAAGGAAAAAAAAAUAAUAUUAUCGAAAAAUUGUAGACCGAAUGUCUUUUUGAAUAUGUCUAUGCCUUUUUUGUGAGAGAAAUAAGACAAUUUUGGAUAGAUAUGUAUUUAAUUAAUUCCAUUGAAUAUUGAAAUUUGUAAAUUCUCAAUUUUUCGAAUCUUACAAAAAAAGAAUCAGUGCAAUCAAUUCAAAAGUCAUAUUUCUAUCUACAAUUUUAUUCUAGGAUUGUUGAUAUAUAAUUUCAUAACAUAUAUAUAUAUAGAUAUAUUAUAUUAUAUUACAUUGUAAUAACACGUUUGACUUGAAUCCUUCCAAAUAAGUCUGAAGAAAAGAAAGAUAAAAAAAAUUUUUCUAAAUCUUUAUUAAUUAUUAAUUUUUAUAAAGAAAUUUUCUUAAAUGAAUGAAUUUCCAAAUUUCUAUAGAUAAAUUUUUGUUAAAUAAAACAUAGUCUUUAAAAAUGAUAAACAAGUAAAAAUAAUUUAUUAGUGUAGAAAAAAUUUUCUUUAAUUUUUUUUUCGUUUCUUUUUUAAUUUUUUUUUUAUCAUUCUUUUCAGUCUUAUUCGUCAAAUGGAAGUGAAAAAUGUGACGUGUGUUAAAAGAAAAAUUGUUACGCCGACUGAUUUAGCUGCUGGACAAUUUACCAGUCGGAAAAAAAAAAUUGAAAAUCGAUGAGGCGACGAUUGAAAAAUGCAAAAAAAAAAAAAUGUAUUACAUUAGGUAUUUUUUUUUUGUUAUCUUUCCAUUAAUCAAAUAUCAUUGAAAAAGAAUUUAUUUAAUUCUGCAGAUUACUUGAUUAUUAUCAACAUUUAUUUGUGUCAAUUAAUUUAAAUAUUUGUUUUAAAUAUAUAAAAAUUAUUAUAGUUCGAAUACAAUUUUUUCGACUUAAAUAAAAAAAAAAAAAAUAAUUUGGUUCAAAUAAAUUAUUUUUAAUAAUAAUCAAUUAAUCGAUUGAGUGAAAUAUAUAUUUUUUUUCAUUGCAUUCUUUGUAGAGAUGCAUUCCAGUAAUGCUAGAAUUUUUUUUCACUGGUACUGAUGAUUAGAAUAAUGAUAAUUGAUGAUGAAAUAUUAUAAUACGAGAAUUUAAUAACGCGCAAGUUAAUAAUGGCCUCGAUGCGUGAUUAAAACAUAAAAUAAAGUCUGAUUUUAUACGAUGACCAGAACAAUAUCGACGAUAAAUAAUCGUUUAAUGAGAAAAAAAAAAAAAAGUGUUUGUAAUGUGUAAAAGUUCUUUUCUUUUCUUCAUCGUUGCGCGAUGGUUACCGAAUUGAUUAUGAAAUGAAACGUCAGGUACAAUAUUCUUCAGUAUCGAGAUUUUUUGUUCCCCUUUAAUUUUUUUUUUUAAAAAACAUAUUCUGCAUUACAAAUUAUUAUAUUGCAUUAUUUUUUCGAUAAUCCAUCGUUGUAAGGAAAGUUUGUAUAUUAGAAAAUCUUUACAAAAAAGUGCGAAAAAUCGAAGUGAUUUUUCUUUUUCUUUUUUUUUGACAGAAUUCGUCAAUUAUUGGCAAAAAAAAUGUUUUUUGUCUUUCUCGUUAAUAAUUACUGAAUUUGAAUAGUAGAACAAAUUAACAAAUUUUCGAGAAACUGCCAAUUUUUCGUCUUUCGAAAAAAAAAAUCAAUUUUUUUUGUCAAUUUAUUGUAAAUUGCUUGUUUAUAUAUUAUAUAGAUAUUUUAAAAGAAAGCAAUUAUUGUAAUUAAAAAAUUCAAUGUUAAAUGUGAUGAAUAACAUAUGGAGUAUUUAUUAAAGAUAAAAAAAAAAAAAAUCUAUCACAUCUCAAUAUUUUACAUUUUAUCACAUAUUUUUUAAUUAUUUUUAAAACUAAUAUUUUCUGUUUUUGUGUUAUUGUCAAGUGUCACAAUUUUUUUUUUGACAUUUAUUUUUGUCCUAUUUAAAUGCUUUUAUAAAUUAUCAAUUGGACUCCAUGUAUUAUUCAACUAUAAUAAUAAUUAAAAAAAAUUCUGUGAACGUAGAUUUAUUAUUUCUUUUUUUUUUUGAAAUUUGUUAUGUUAAUAAUAUGGUGUGUUGUAAAUAAUAAAUAGAAGCACGCUGCGGUUUGAUGUAUAAGAAAUUUGCUUGGAAUAAUAAAAAAAGACAAGUUAGAUAGAAAUUUUGUAGAGUAUGCUUUAAAAAAUAUUUGGAGAAAAUAAAAAAAAAGAUUGAUGAGUCAUUUUAAUAAUAAUAAUAAUUAUUAUAAUAAUAUACGAUUUGAUAAGAUCCAUGAUGUUAAUGUUGAUACUAUAAUGGGUGGGAAGUAUUAAAUGAAUUGCAUGUUAUAUAUGCGAGGAAAAUAGUUUAUAUUAUGUAAAUCAUGUGAAUCGGUUUCAGAUGUAACAUAUAUUGAUUAUAAUUAAAAUAUUUGAUCUUUAUUCAAAGCAUAAAGUUAUGAUGUAUGUCUAAGGGUAUCUGUAAGUGAUAAUUAUAACUUUAUUGUAUAUUAUUAAUCUGGUAUGCAUAUUAUAGUAAUGAUAAUAAUAAUAAAAUAUUAAGAAUC